CGCCGCGGCGCCGCCCGCCCCCGCCCCGCCCCGGUCAGCUGGGUUCCGCGUCCAGCCAGCUGAGGAGCAUCCCGGGCGGCGCGAACGGCCCAGCCAUGUCCGCAGCCAUGAGGGAGAGGUUCGACCGGUUCCUGCACGAGAAGAACUGCAUGACUGAUCUCCUGGCCAAGCUCGAGGCCAAGACUGGAGUGAACCGGAGCUUCAUCGCGCUCGGUGUCAUCGGACUGGUGGCUUUGUAUCUGGUGUUCGGUUAUGGAGCCUCUCUCCUCUGCAACCUGAUAGGUUUCGGAUACCCAGCCUACAUCUCAAUGAAAGCCAUCGAGAGCCCCAACAAAGAUGAUGACACCCAGUGGCUGACGUACUGGGUGGUGUAUGGUGUGUUCAGCAUCGCCGAGUUCUUCUCCGACCUUUUCCUGUCCUGGUUCCCCUUCUACUACAUGCUGAAGUGCGGCUUCCUGUUGUGGUGCAUGGCUCCCAGCCCGUCCAACGGGGCUGAACUGCUGUACCGGCGUGUCAUCCGUCCCAUCUUCCUGAAGCACGAGUCCCAGGUAGACAGUGUGGUGAAGGACGUGAAGGACAAAGCCAAAGAGACUGCAGACGCCAUCAGCAAAGAAGUCAAGAAGGCUACGGUGAACUUGCUGGGCGACGAGAAGAAGAGCACCUGAGUCCUGGCUGGGCGGCCCCUCCCCCACUCACCCCCUUAGAGCUCCGUGUUAUGCUAGGGACAGUGGCACAGGUGUUGGAUAAUGUUGCCUUGGAAACUUUCUGAUGUAUUAAAAAUGGAAUGUGUUGUAAGGUGUUUCGCUUUUAUUGUCAUAUAUGUAGGGAACGUUUUCAUUUAAAUCUAACAGAGUGGGCAGUACCUAAAAUUUUUAAAUAUGAGUCUGAAGACACGUCACUAUAUUCCAGGAAAUUCAAACCGAGAUUGGAAAUCUCUGUCCGUAGGCCCUGUGCUCUGCGGGGCUCACCUGCAUGCGUCUUCCUGUGCUUACAGUUUGGAAACCUUUGUGUUGUGCUUCACUCGGUGUAUGAUUUUAUAUAGUUCUGUGUUUUAAUGUAUCUGUGUAUAUACAUAUAUAUGGAAAAUGUUAUAGUUUGGCUAGAACAUGCGUAGUGCUUGUGAGAAGAGGCCAAGGAAGGUUGCAGACACCACCUGUGACCUGUGAAGCAAGAUCCCCCCCCCCCCAAGGCUGGAAUGCUGUCGUGAUGAGUGCACUUCCAAAUACCAUUUCAGAAAGUGAUACAGAUGGGAUUGGGGAUUUAGCUCAGUGGUAGAGCGCUUGCCUAGGAAGCGCAAGGCCCUGGGUUCGGUCCCCAGCUCUGAAAAAAAGAGCCAAAAAAAAAAAAAAGUGAUACAGAUGAGUAAGACAUCCCAUCCCCCAAGACAGCCCAUCCCCCAAGACAGCCCAUCCCCCAAGACUUCCCACCCCCCCAAGACAGCCCAUCCCCCAAGACAGCCCACCUCCCAAGACUUCCCGCCUCCCAUUGCAUACCUCAGUUUUUAAAAACAUGAUCCCAUGUAGCCCAGGAGAACUCUGAAGUCCUGAUCCUCCUGCUGCCUCCACCUCCCAGCUUCUGCUCACUGCAGGCUGGUGCCCCAUGGUGGCUUACGUGUGCCGUCUUGUUCGUGUAACAGCACAUUGUAUACUGAUAGCAUCCAGCUCUAAGAGCAGUUCUGGACAAGUGAGGGGCAGCGGCGGCUGGGAUGAACUUUUCACUCUUUGUUUUUAUGGCCAACCUCAAGAGGUCUCCCUACUUUAUAAUUUGUAAUUAUUAGCAUUCCCUUACAGAUGCUUCAGUCUAUGUUUCGUUUAAGUGACCGCCUGUCAAAGUGGCUUGCUGGGUCAGAGGUUUGGAUCUAAGAGUCUGUGCUUUGCACCUCAGGCCAGCUUUUCAGCCUUUGAGUUGGUCUGAAGGAGCUGUCUGCCAAAGCCAACAGCAGGAGUUACCUUCAGGACAAUGGGCAAUGAUUCUCCUACAGAUGACUCAGAUCACAAUAAUAUACAAUACUAACAAUACAAAAUAAGAGGGUCACAGGGUUCGUUUUCCUGGGAAUACUAGUAAUCAUUAGGCAUCUUCUGACUUAAGGUGGGGGGAUCUUUUUAGAAAAUAAAAACAGUUGUUUAUAGAAAACCAAUUGUUAGGUCUUAAAAAUAUUUAGGUCCUUAUAAGUAAAAGCACGUUUUUCUUGUUGGCAGAGUGAAAAUUAACAUCGACGAUGUAAUCUAUAAGAACAGUGUUAAUAUACAACAUACUCUAUGUGAGGGGAUGGGCAGGCAGGGACUCACAGUUACUUAGAGGUUCUUGGUGGAAACACUGCUGCAGUGAAGUAAACCCCAAAAGCAAUUUUGCCCUAUCAACCCCACAGCUUUCACCAGAGCAGGCGCCGGGAAGUCAUUACUUCUAGCAGCUGUUAGUAGGAGAAAUCAUUGACUUCUGCCUGCCCGUCCUUCCCAAAUAAAACAGUGUCAUGACUACGAGUGUUGACAGUGAGCUGGCUGGAAACAAAGUGUUUAUUUGUAUCUGAGUGGUAUUUCAAAGACAUAUAAAGUUCCAGAAUUCUUGCUACACUUUAAAGCUUGCUGUUGUAGGGCAAUUCUUUCCUGUCAGUCAUUUGGACUGCAUUGCUGCUGUUGUGGGGAAGAAUCCUCCAUCCACACCUCAGAAAACAGUCACGGCCUAAAUAAAAUAUCGCCUGGCCUCAGAUGUGAAUAGGAGUGCCCGGGCCUUCCUUACGUGUUCCCAGACUCCCCUGGCUGCCAUACCUGGAGAGAACACUGAACUCUGUGUGGACUGUUCCUUCCUGUGCGUGUAUCUCUGACAAAAGUUACUGACUGGACAAAGUGAGAAUGAGAAUUACAACAUAUACUCAAAUAAAGAUUAUGUUUAUGUGGUCUGUCAA